AUGAAAAUUAUUGGUUUAACUGGAGGAAUUGCUUCGGGGAAAUCUACUGUUUGUCGAAUGAUAACUCGUCGAAAUAUUCCAUUAAUCGAUACUGACCUGUUAGCACGCCAAAUAAUUGAACCAGGAAAACCUGCAUAUAAACGGGUUGUCAACCAUUUCACUCGUGAAAUAUUAAAUGAAGAUGGUACAAUAGAUAGAGUGAAAUUAGGUGAAAUAAUUUUUUCAAAUGAAGAUAAAAGAAAAAUUCUAAAUAAAUGCACACAUCCAUUUAUUAGAAUGGAAAUUUUAAAGUUAGUAAUUUGUUAUUGGAUAAAAGGUGAAAAAAUGGUAGUAGUAGACGUCCCGUUAUUGAUUGAAACUCGUUUUAAUAAAUUUAUGAGUUCGGUCGUGGUAGUUUAUUGUUCUGACCAAAUUCAAAUAAAUCGGUUGAUUAAGCGUGAUAAUUUUUCCGAAUUAAUUGCUAGACAGCGAAUUAAUUCACAACUUCCACUUAAAGAAAAAAUCAAAUAUGCAAAUUAUAUAAUUGAAAAUUCCGGAGACAUAAAAACAACCGAGGAACAAGUUGAAAAUGUUUUUAAAAAUUUAAAACCAUCUUCAUUGAAUUGGUUAUUAAGUUGGUUGGGACCACCCAUUCUUGCAAUUUCUCUCAUUAUUAAAGGGCUACUAUUUAUAAUUGAUCGGCUUUGA